AUGGAGCGGCAUCGAAGAGCUGCCGGUGCGCUGUCCCAGGAUCCUUCUCAUAAAUGGACACUUGACACAAGCCCGCAGGUCAAGGCUCGAAAUCGCUAUGGUGAUGUGCAAGCCUGGGAAAACUGCAGGGUCCAUCUCAAGGUCCCCGCUGGGGAGUGUGACUUCAUCAAUGCUUCUCCCAUAGUACUCAAGGACCCCGAGACAGAUGGAGAGUACAAGUAUAUUGCAAGUCAGGGCCCAAAACGAGAUCGGCUUGCUGAUUUCUGGAACAUGAUAUAUCACGAGGCCGGUGAAGUUGCUGUUUUGGUUAUGCUAACUCAAACAGUCGAGUCUGGAAAGGAGAAAUGCGCCCAGUAUUUCCCACAGGAUAUGGAGAAUCCUACUUUUGAAUUCUCCUCUCACAGCACCACCGAACCUCCGGGUGCUCAUUUUUCUGGUUCAGUUACCCUGUUGAAUACAACUUACGAUGAAUCAAUACGCUCAAACGUCAGUGAACUUGAGCUCCGUGUCGGAUCGAAUACCAAAACAGUGUGGCAUUUCCUCUUUGCUGGAUGGUCUGAUUAUGGCACUCCAGAGGGACCUGACAGGGAUGCCCUCCUCAACCUUAUGACAGCAACAGCCGAGAAGGCAAAGUCGUUUUCCAAUCCUCGAAUCGUGCACUGUAGUGCUGGCGUGGGAAGGACCGGAACAUUCAUUGCUCUCGACCACCUACUUCGACAGCUAAAGUCCGGACAACUCUUGAAAGCAGAUGACAAGUCUGCAGACGCUGUUUUCAACACUGUCAAUAGACUGCGGGAGCAGCGGAUGCUGAUGGUCUACAAUACAUUUCAGUAUCAAUUCAUCUAUGAUGUCUUGAAGGAGCAAACUCAGAUCAAGUUGGGAAUCCAGUCUGCUCCGAUCGAGCCUCGUCCGCAAAAAAUAGCGAAACCUGACGACGGAAUGUUCAAGCCUGAACUGGUUGCUCUGAGUCCGGCAGAUAUUGGCUCUGCAGCUGAGCCUGACGACCCCGAAAGUGAAAAUAAUGAAGCCAAAGAUGUGGGAAGGGACAAAGGAAGUAAGGGGGACAAGGAAAACAAUGACAAUCACAAAGCCGAGGACGACGACGACGACGACGAUGACGACGACGAUGAAGAUGACAAUGACGAAGCUGAAGAUGAAGAUGAGAGCUGA